GAGCGGGAAUAUCCCUGGGGAAGAGCCGGGAAGAGCCUGGUCCAGGUCCCGCCAUGAACCCCCCGCCGCGGCGGGUGCGGCUGAAGCCCUGGCUGGUGGCACAGGUGAGCAGCCAGCGGUACCCGGGGCUGCAGUGGCUGGACCCCGAGCGGCGACGCUUCGCCAUCCCCUGGCGCCACGCCACCCGGCACCCCCCCGCCCCCCAGGAGCACGACACCAUCUUCAAGGCGUGGGCGCUGGAGACGGGGAAGUUCACGGAGGGGGUGGACGAGCCGGACCCGGCCAAGUGGAAGGCCAACCUGCGCUGCGCCCUCAACAAGAGCCGGGAGUUCCGGCUGCUCUUCGACGGCACCAAGGCCGCCCCCCCCCAGCCCUACAAGGUCUACGAGCUCUGCGAGGGCCCCGCCGACGGCGCAGAUGGGGUGGCCGAGGACGACUAUGGCUGCGGUGGGGAGGAGGACGUCAGCCAGCUCCAGAAGAUGACAUCUCUGAGCAUCGAUGACACCCGGCACGGGGGGAACCUGCUGCCCCCCUACCCCUGGCCCAAGGAGGAGCCCCACUUCGGCAGCGGCUGCCCCCCAGGGCCCUUUGCGCCGCCCCCCCCGGCGCUGCUUCCCGGAGAGGUGGGGGGCACCCAUGGGACCCCCGAGCUGCCCCUCGCUGAGACGGGACCCCCCCUGGGCACCCUGGGGCCCCCGGCCGCCUGCCCGCUGGCACCCAUGGAGCACGUCAUCCCCAACCUGCUCAUCAGCCACAUGCUGCCGCUGACCGACCUGGAGAUCAAGUUCCAGUACCGGGGCCGUCAGGUCUGCGUCCUCACCAUCAGCAACCCCCACGGCUGCCGCCUCUUCCACAGCAGCCUGGAGCCCACGCAGGAGCAGGUGGAGCUCUUCGGGCCGCUGACGCUGGAGCAGGUCCGCUUCCCCGCCACCGACGCCAUCCCCAACGAGAAGCAACGUUUCUACACCCACCAGCUCCUGGACGUGCUGGACCGCGGGCUCAUCCUGGAGCUGCAGGGGCAGGACAUCUACGCCAUCCGCCUCUGCCAGUGCAAGGUCUUCUGGACGGGGCCCUGCGCCGCCCGCCGCGCCGGCCCCAACCCCAUCGAGAGGGAGAAGAAGACCAAGCUCUUCAGCCUCGAGGGCUUUCUCAACGGCCUCAUCCUGUUCCAGAAGGGCCAGACCACCACCCCCCCGCCCUUCGAGAUCUUCUUCUGCUUCGGCGAGGAGUGGCCCGACCAGAAACCCAAGGAGAAAAAACUCAUCACCGUGCAGGUGGUGCCGGUGGCGGCGCGGCUGCUGCUGGAGAUGUUCUCCGGAGAGCUGUCGUGGUCGGCCGACAGCAUCCCCCUGCAGAUCUCCCACCCCGACCUCAAGGACAAGAUGGUGGAGCAGUUCAAGGAGCUUCACCAACUCUGGCAGAACCAACAGCGGCUACCGCCGGCGCAACCGGAGCCCAGCCCUGCCGCCGGACCCUGGGUGCUGCCGCCCGGCUCCCUGCCCCAGUAACAAGGGGACAC